GUUGUGUUGUUGUAAACGCGCCCCGUUGAUAACGCGCGUCGCAUCUCUCCUUUUUUUUACGUUGUUUCUUUGUUAAUAUUAUUUUUUGUAAAUUCAAUUUUAACUAAACAUUCAACUGCCGAUUUCCGCCGGCAGAUACGUUCAUCGCCGUUUCGGGUUGUCCGUUGCGAAACGUGUCACAGACCCACAAAUCAAUUACCCACCGUCGUCGGCAAAUUCGUCCACUAUACAGUCGGGGUAGUAAUAAUAUUAUUCGAGUGCACAGUGUGUAUAGUAAUAAUUUACACUGAAAAGCGUUCCGGCGUCCUACCUACCUACCUACCACGCACAACAAGAGGCUGCUCGCCCCACGAGAAAACGAAUAAAAAAAAAAUAAACAAAGAGAGGCAGAGCCGCCCUUCGACAGUGAUUGAUCAGCUACGCAACGACAAUGCCUACGACCAACACCGUAAGUCCGUCAAACGUCCGAUGGAUCUGUUGAAAACACAAUUGCUAAUAAACCGUACCAGUGAACAUAUCCGUAGGCUCGGUUACUCGGUCCGGGGGCUUCGUUGGUUUUUUCCGAUGGCAUUGCACUCGUGCCGCCGUAGGUCAUGGUAAAAAAAUACUUUCGGGAUGACGUCGUUUGAUUAAUUGUAAACAUUUUAAUAACAAUAUUGAUAACUUAAGGACUGCUCUUUAUAACAUAAAGUGUUACGUUUAAACCGAUAUGAAACCUUUGAUGAGUAUCUUCCGACUGAUAUUGCUAUUUCUGCCGUUUGCGUUAUCGGCAAAUCCCAAUUGGAUGUACCUAGGAGUUAUAGGCAUACCGCCGCCAUUGCAACAACAACAAGCGUCACCUGGAGCGGAACUCGAAGACCCAGUCAAGAUACAAGCCAGAGCCAUAUGUGGUGGUUUACCAGGAUUGGCGACAAAACAAAUAAACAUCUGUAUGAAACAUCCAAAUGCUAUUUACUCAGUAUCGGACGGAGCGAAAAAAGCCAUUGAACAAUGUCAGUAUCAAUUUCGCCACGAACGAUGGAACUGCUCAAUUCUUGAAAACGAACAGAGUGUCUUUGGUCCGACAUUAGACAGAGGAAGUAAAGAAACUGCUUUUAUCUAUGCAAUCACUAGUGCGGGUGUAGUUUUUUCCAUAACUAACGCUUGCAGUUCGGGCAGUCUAACGGAAUGCAGUUGCGACGCCAUGCAACACGGCAAGACUACUCCAGAAGGCUGGAAAUGGGGAGGAUGUAGUGACAACUUGCGUUUCGGUUUGCAAUUUUCACGUAAAUUUGUCGACGGCUCCGAACCAGAACGUCCGAAUAAUUUCAAGACGACAAAGCAAAAAAGAAUCUGGUCCAGUCGCUUUAAAAUGAAUUUGCACAACAACGAAGUCGGAAGACAGACCGUAAUGUCUCUAAUGAAAAUGCAUUGUCGUUGUCACGGCGUAUCGGGUUCGUGUGAACUGAAAACCUGUUGGAAAUUUAUGCCUUCGUUCGGUGAAAUCGGCAAAGUACUCAAGCAAAAAUACGGAAAAGCUAUUUUGAUAAACCACAACGCGGGCGAAUCGUCAAAGAAAAACUCCACGGUAACGACUCACCGGAAACGCGAUACGAGGGCCCACAAAAAGAAAAGGUCCAAACGACCGUUGUUGGCCGAACCCAAAGAACUAGUGCACAUACAGAAGUCGCCAAACUAUUGCAAACAAGACUAUCGAAACGGCGUGUUGGGUACGGAAGGUCGUAAAUGCAACGGCACGUCGACCGGACCCGAUUCUUGUAACAAACUGUGCUGCGGUCGCGGUCACAUGACAAACGUGGUCAAACAAGAAGAGCACUGCAAUUGCAAGUUUGUCUGGUGUUGUUUCGUCAAAUGCGACACUUGCUACAAAAACGUCGAACAGAAAUCGUGUAAAUAAUUCAGUGACGCCGAACAUCAAACAUAUUCUAGUCAGCCACCGGGGGGGUUCCUCUGUUGGUGGUUCAAGUACAAUUUAUAGAAUUUUUCCAUACAUAUCAAAAUCAUAAUAAUAUGUCGCCUACAUUGGACUACAUAGCCCCGUUUCCGUUUUUGUACAAGUUUUAGUCGAUCCCUGUACGUUCACACACCCCGCAGCGUCUUCCAAUAAGCCAUCCCUUGCAUGUGUCGUAUAACCUCUCCCAACUACUCAAAAUUUAGCGCUUAAGGCAUUGUCAGUUAUACGUAAUUAUAAUAUAAGGUAUACGUAAAUAUUUGUAUCGAAACUAGAUUAUUUUACCUUUAAUAUUAACGGGGGUAGUUACUAUUAAUAAUAUUACUAGGGAUGGGGAGUACUUAAAUUAAGUAAGUGAUUAGUAGUUAGUUACUGCUUAAAAUACGUUCACUUGAUAUUGAUAAAAAAAUGUCUUCAGUCGUAUGAAAAUAAAAUUAUUUUGUAACAACAUCUGAAUGUUAAAUUAGUUAUGAUGUGUAAAAAAUCUUUAUUUAUGAUAUUUUUUUAAAACUUGUGUAGCAUUUUUGGUUAUUUUCCAAGCUAAAGAGGAAGCUUUUGUUUUUGUUCUAUAAGUUUUGUACGACUGGAGACAAUUAAAAAAAAAAAGUAACCAGAAUGGCUAGAAAAAAGUCAAAUUUUGGCGUACAUUUUUUUAAUAAUAUCAAUUUAAUAAGACUCCUUACAACCAAAUGCCUUAGUGGUUACAAUUUUUUUUUUUUAUGAUAAAUUAAAAUCUCUUACAAAUAAAAAUAUUUCUACAUUUCUUAAGCGCGUUAAAAAUUUGAACUACAUCCCAACUUGUUUGAAUUAUAUUUUUGUGCAAUCUGCCCUCCCCAAUGUAUUAUUGCUUUAAAACUACUCGAAUAAUUAUGCAUUUUAUUUAUA